CGCCAAAUUUGUACCGUAUACGCAAGCACUGUUGCCUGUUUGAUAUUAUCAAUAAAUUAUUAAUAAUCGUAUUAAAAUUCGGUUUAAAUUAUUAAUUAGACACCGUCAAAUACUGACGCACUUUUACUUAUUCAGGGCUGUCAAUUGAGAUUUACCAAAGGGUAAGAAUAGUCACGAAGAACAAACAAUGUUUAAAAUACUUUACUAUGCUUUGAAACAAUGCGAUCUGCCGACCAUGGUCUCAAGUACAUCAAGGUUGCUUCGAAUUCUCUCAUUAAAUUUGGAUCCGCUGUAUGAAAAGAAAAUCCCAGCAAUUUUUUACAUCAUCACCGUCAUAAUGUUCUCGAGCUAUGUCUACGUGUACGUGUUCUCCAUGGCUUGGUUCAUCUUCUGGAAGUGUCCGCAGACUGGUGACGUCACCAGUGCUAUGGUCGUAUUCUCCCUCGGGAUGUCCAGCGAGAUCAGUACCGUCAAGUUUAUUUACAUGUUUAUUUAUCAAGAUACCCUGAGACAUACGAUGAGCGAAUACUUAUCAUACGAUUCAAAAGCUGACCCCAAUAGCAAAUCAACGAGGCGAAUUCUAGAAAUAUUGAACCGAGUGAAGACCGCGGCUGUAACUUUUUGGUGCAUAGUGAUGGGGAAUGGCCUGGUGUACUGCACCAAACCGCUGCUGAUGUCAGGGAGGCACUUGAUGGAGGAUACCGAAUUUCUUUACGGUUUGGAGCCGCUUUUCAUGUCGCCGAACUAUGAGAUUGGUUAUAUUCUCUCUCUAAACGCGUGCAUAUUCACCGUUUACGCUACUGCCAACAUUUCAGCAUUCUUCAUCGUCGCCACGGGGUACAUUGAAGCCCAAAUGCUAAGCCUUAGCGAAGAACUUGUCAAUAUUUGGGACGAUGCCAAUUAUUAUUUCCAUCAAACCAACAAUAUCACAGUUGAUAUAUUUAUAGAUCUAACAGAAGAAGAAAGAAAAGAUAAGGAUAGCAUUAUAAAUAAAUAUGUCAAAGAAAAACUGCGUACCAUCAUACAUAAACACUCUACCAACAUAUAUUUCCUGAACAAAAUAGAAUAUGUAUUUAGAAAUUGUAUAGCUAUAGAAUUCGCUUUAUUAAUCAUAUCUUUGAUCGCGGAAUUUUUGGGGGGCAUAGAAAACACAUAUAUUUUAAUGCCAUUUGCUUUAGUGCAAGUAACAAUGGACUGUAUUACGGGACAGAAGCUGCUAGAUUCGAGUGAUAUUUUCCAAAGAGCAGUGUAUGAUUGUAAGUGGGAAAAUUUUGAUGUGACGAACAUGAAAACAGUGCUGAUGAUUUUGGUGAAUUCUCAGAAAGGUUUGACCCUCACAGUGGGCGGCCUCAAGAACCUAUGCUACAUAUGUCUGAUGGAUGUCUUCAGAUUGAUAUACUCCACCUACACCGCUUUACAGUCCACUUUGAAUGACUGAAUUUGUAUCACGCUUUUAUUUUUAUAUGCUAAAGAACAGGUAUUAAACGCGCACAUA